CACGUGCGUCGUAUGCGCGGAUGAAGUAGUGGAGCGAGGCGCAGCCGCAGUCGUCGUUUGGAUCUCGAUCGGGUCAGUUCUGUAGUGUGUUCGUAGGUAGAUUCGCGAGCACUAGUUCAAGCGUCGUUCAGUCCAUUCCGAACCGUCGAUCGGAAUGUGUUUUUCAUAGUUUUUCUAUACGACAUAUAACAUAAUUUUUUUUUGCAUAUUUGUCCAUUUUUUUGCAAUCGUGUGUGUUUAUCAUUAUUGUUCAUUAAUUCGUCCUUUUAAGACAUUAACGAAACAGGCAAAAAGUGAAAAAAAAGAGAAAAAAAGAAAGAAGAAUAUUAUUAUAAUUCGAAUUAUCAUGGAUAGGUCAUCGAAAAUAAUUCUAAGAAAGAUUAUCAUAGAUUUUGUAUGCAUUUUUAUUGUGGGUAUGACAGUGCUGAUGUUCUACCUGUUCGGUAAACCAUACAAACGUGGAUUCUUUUGCAAUGACGAGUCGUUAUAUCACCCGUUCCACGACUCAACUGUAACCAGCGCGAUGCUCUACGUUAUUGGUCUUUUGCUUCCUAUAUGCACGAUGUUGGCAGGUGAAUAUCUUUAUGCAAGAUAUUCUAAUGCAAAUUCGACAAAGAUAUUAUUUGGCUACAACAUACCUCCAUGGAUAUGGAGUGCAUAUGAGAAGGUACGUCUUUAUCGGCAUAUUGGUUUUGGAGCAGCAACCACUGUUCUACUUACCGAUAUUGCCAAAUACACGAUUGGACGAUUGAGACCACAUUUCAUGACUCUUUGUGAGCCUAACGUCAAUUGUAGCCUGAUAGAAAAUCAGCAUAGGUACAUUGAGAAUUAUUCCUGCAGCCAGAAUAUCUCGAAGACUCUUUUAAAAGAGAUAAGAUUAUCAUUCCCCUCAGGACAUUCGUCGUUCUCGGCCUACACGAUGAUCUACCUUGCGAUGUACUUGCAAUUAAGGAUAACUUGGAAAGGUAGCAAACUGUUGAAACACUUCCUGCAACUCGUGUGCCUACUUAUGGCCUGGUUCACCGCAUUGUCGCGAGUUUCCGAUUACAAACAUCAUUGGAGCGAUGUUCUCGCCGGCUCGACCCUUGGUACCAUCAUAGCACUGGUCGUGGCAAACUUCGUUGCAGAUCUGUUCAAGGAUCAGAAUCACUACUCAGUGGAGGAGAAACAUCGGACGGCGGAUUACGAAACAGGGGCCGGUACACAGAUGAAUGAAAUAUCAACAGAAUUAAAAGCAGUAGAGAAAUCCGCAAAUAAAUCAUCAAGCUAUAUUCGUCAAUUAAAUGAAAUACUUUUAAAACAUCGUGAUAAGGAUAUAAAAAAUGUGACUAUAUCACAUCCUCUUUUUUGAUUAGAAGUCAUUAUAGUCACCUGAAAUGUUGGUGAAACAUAAAAAUCUUGAUCAAUUGGAAAUGGCAUUUUGUAAUUAAUAUUAUGUAUAAGUUUAUAUCUUUUGGUUCUAAUUGCACGCAUGGGAUAAUACAUAGUAACUUCAUGAUGUGUUUGACUGGCGAAAAUAGCUGUAUUAUUUUCUAUAGGUUCUGCAAAUGUACAAAAAUAUAAUAUUAGAAUAUUGAAUGCUAAAAUAAUUUAAAUAUACCUUGAAUAAGAAGGGGAAGAAGAGAUUUUCCAGUCAAGAAAGGAACAGAUGCUUCAUUUGUAUCAAAUGGAUCCAUAUAUGGUAUGUUAAACCAAUCUAAUAAUGUUGGUACAAUAUCCAAUAAAGAUGUUAAACU